GAUUUAGGCAAUAAAGGUUCUAAAACGUUUUUCACUUCUGUCUAUUUAUAAACGGUCACUCCUCCUUAAGCUAUUACAACCUUUCUUGUUCUUAUUAGAGCCAUAAAAAAUGUUAAAGAGCAAAGAACCUAUAUAUUACAGAUCCACUCAUUCAUACAAUGAUAUGCCAAAGAAUAGGGAUACAAAAGUAGUUACAUUAUUUGACACGAUAUUCACAGAUGCAUACAACGAGAUGCCAUCAGAGCGCGUAGCUUUUGCAGAAGCAAGUGACACUGACCAUUCCUUGACCUACGGGCAGCUUAAAACACAAGUACUAAAGUGUGCUGCUGGCCUUAAGCACAAGUUUGGGAUUCAGCGUGGCGAUGUUGUUGCCAUUUGCUCUCCAAACAACAUCGAAUAUGCUAUAUUAUUUCAUGGUAUUAUUGCUGCAGGCGGCAUUGUCGCUGCAAUACGUUCCACUGCGGAUUGCACCCGUGAUGAUAUCGUCUAUAACAUCACUACCGCCAAACCAAAGCUCUUCAUUAUAUACCAAACCGAAAUCGAUGCUGUGCUUCCAGCUGCUAAAGAGGCAAGGAUUUCCGAAUCCAAUAUCUUGUUGCUUACCUGUGACAGCACCAAAAUCAACCUACUUGCAAACAUCUCGACGGUUGAGGGCACUCUUUUUUCAAGUGAGGAACUAGCAGAACCUUACCGGUACACAAAGGACGACCUUACAAAUUCCCCUUGCUGCCUAUACUAUACCUCAGGAUCAACAGGCAAAAACAAAGCGGUUAUGAUCCGACAGAGCUCUCUUAUUCAUUACUUGCUCCACGGACCAUUGGACGUUGGUACUCUGAAUAGCUUAAUUAUCGCUAAAUUCAGUUAUGCUAGUGGUCUCUUUAUCUACUCAACAUUUGGCCUUUUCAGUCGCUGGACGUCGUAUCUCCUCAAAAGCAACGAGCCAGCAUUGGAACAUGUGUUGGAAGCAAUUGAACGUUUAAAAAUCAACAUAACGAUGAUGACCCCCUUCAUGGCAACAAAACUCGUUAAAAGGCUAAAUCUGUCUAAAAAUUAUGAUGUGUCCUCCUUGUCUCAAGUAAUUGUUGGUGGUGCAUACGUAGACAAGUCAAUAAUACAGUCUGCAAAGGAAGAGCUGGGUCUACACUUUAUCAACACAUACGGAAUGACAGAAAUUCUUUUGGUUUUUAGGGCCAGUGUCGACCAAUCUAUUGCAGGAACAGUGGGUCGUUUAGUAAAUGGAGUACUUGGACGUAUUGUUGAUGACGAUGGUAAUGACUUACCGCCUGGGAGCGAAGGCGAGCUGCGUAUCAAGGGUCCCACAACAACACUUGGGUAUUAUAAUCAACCUGAAGCAACAACUGAGCUCUUUGAUGAGCAAGGUUAUUUAAAGACAGGAGAUAUUUUUAAAGCAGAUGAAAGCGGACUUCUUUACUACGUUACUCGUAAGAAGGAUUUGAUAAAGUACUACGGUAUUCAUAUUUUUCCAGCCGAAAUUGAAGAAGUCAUUAUUGGUCAUCCACAGGUAACGGAUUGUGCUGUCAUUGGCGUUUUUUCCAAAGAAGAAGGAACUGAACUACCGCGAGCUUAUGUCUCUUUACUGGAUAAAGUGAACGAUAAAGAGAGUUUAUUGAAAGAGAUAGCGGAAUAUGCUGAUUCUCAGUUACCUGACAGCAAAAAACUGCGUGGUGGCAUAUUCGAGGUAUCUUCUUUUCCAAGGACAGGAACUGGGAAAAUUCAAUGUUUCAAGCUUCAAAAUGUUUCUGGUGCUGAAUGA